GUUUGUGUAUCAGCCUGUGUGUGUGUGUGGGAGGUGUUUGUGCAAUAGAGGCCCGGCUGGUUUCCUUGGCUGUGAACAUGUAAAUCCAGCGUGUGAGCCCGCCUCCACCUGAGAAACAGGAAGAGGACAGACAGGUGAUGAGAGCGGAGGAGGAGCUGCUCAGGCACCUGCUGUGGCCAAACUCAGAACCACACAGGACCGGAUGGGUCCACAAAAAUGAGCUCCUCGCUGGUCUAGUAGAGACAGAAAGACCCGAGGAGACAGACUCGGCUCUGUCUGAAUUCAACCGGCCCCCUCCUCUUCCUCAUUCCGUCAUCCUGUUUACCUGCUUGAAGGGUUUCAAUGGAGCUCUGUGUGAGUGAGGGGGCAGGGACAGCCGCUGCAGCUUCAACUCCGGCUGAAAGUUUCCACUCAGACUGAAGCCAGUGAAAGAGGACCUUUCCAAAUAGUUAUAAAAAGUUUUCUUUUGCCGUCAGGUGAAAUGGGUAAAAUGGCCCAUAGACUCAAAAUAUCUCUUUUUCUGUGGCUUCUGUUGGGUAUUUGUGAGGCUGGAAGGCAGAUGUCUAAACUUUCCAACAAGAAACUCUGUGCUGACUCUGAAUGCAGCCAUCCCAUUUUGAUGGCCCGAGCAACACAGGACUACUACCCUGCAGACUGCAGGUUCAUCCCCAUUCGACAGGGACAGCUUGUUUACGUCUAUUCCAUGCUGAAAGACAGAGGGAACCUUUUCUGGGCUGGCAGCGUGCAAGACUCUUAUUACGGGGAACAGGAAGCUCGCAUCGGUCACUUUCCCAGCAGUGUGGUGGAGGAGCUGCAGCCUCUGAUGCCCGCCAACACUGAAGUUAAAACUACUAAGUGGGACUUCUACUGCAACUGAUCCAGUCACUGCAAAGGAUGAUUUCAACUCUAACACAAAGACAGCCUUUGAUUUAGCUUACAUUCAUUUCAUUCUGUAAAAAUGAUAAACAACAUCAAAAGGUG